GGUUGUAGGGUUGAUAAAGCUUUGGAGUUUGGUUGCAACAGGGAUUCUGAAUGGACUGAAUCUGGACGUAAAGGCAGCUGUUUUGUGCUCUGCUUUUUUAAAAAAACAUAUCUUUGGAAAUUCUCUCUAUUUUUCCAAACCUGGACCUUUAGAGAACUGCGGAGCAAAACUUUGUGACACAUUGAUUUCCGUCUCUUUCAUUCUUUUUUUUUUUAAACAAUCCUUUAAUUUUCCUUUUAAUUCUUUUUAAAAUUAAAACACGAACCCAUUCGAACAAACUCACCCCCGGUCUGUUGGCUUCUCCGUGGAGCCUUUUGGGAAGAAAGUGUUGUGAGACGGCGGUGAUGGGGGUGACGGUCGCCGACUUUCCCCUCCCGGGUUUGUGGCUUCGGACCGACGUAUCUGAGCGGCUGAGUAAGGAAUAAAGCAGGAGACGAUUGCUGUGCUUUUGCAAAGGUUCUCUUCUCUCUCUCUCUUUCCGCCCCCCCCCCCGUCCCCUCCGGGGAGCCUGCCUUCGUCGCUUUGCUUCAUCCCGUACACACGCCUGCUGGAAGGGAAUAGCAGAUCGUUUACUCGGAGCCUUUUCAUGCAAGGAAAGUCAUCAGCAACUGGGAGUAAGAAGGUACUUAUCAAGGCUUAAGGUGCUCCUUUCAGUCCAUGCUUGCAUAGAGGGGCUCAGAUGGGAGUAAAGUCCACAUGGAGGUAUGGAAGAAGACCAGGAACUGGCACUGAGAAGAUGGUCAAUUGGGAUUCAUGUUGCCUUAUCUGCCUGGUGAUGAUCACCAUGGCUGGAUUUUCAUUGGCUCGACCAUCAUACAAUUUAGUUGGUGAAGACACCACUCUGGAACCUGAAGAGCCGCCAACCAAAUAUCAAAUCUCUCAGCCUGAUGUAUACUCUGUACUUCCGGGAGACUCUCUGAUGUUGCCCUGUCAACUGAAAGAUGCCAUCAAGAUCAGUUGGACUAAAGAUGGGGUCCAUCUGGUACCCAACAAUCGAACAAUCAUGACUGGGGAAUACUUGCGGAUUAAAGAUACUUCACCUAGAGAUUCAGGCCUUUAUGCUUGCACUGCUGUUAGGGCUGUAGACAGUGAUACCCUCUACUUCAUUAUAAAUAUUACAGAUGUUCUUUCAUCUGGAGAUGAUGAAGAUGACAACGAUGGCUCUGAGGAUUUUGUGAACGACAACAACCAAAUCAAAGGACCUAAGUGGACACAAACUGAAAAAAUGGAGAAGAGGUUACAUGCAGUCCCAGCAGCUAACACUGUAAAGUUCCGUUGUCCAGCCACAGGAAACCCCCUACCAACCAUGAGAUGGCUAAAAAAUGGCAAAGAAUUUAAGCAAGAGCAUCGUAUUGGUGGAUACAAGGUACGAAAUCAGCAUUGGAGUCUUAUAAUGGAAAGUGUAGUGCCGUCAGACAAAGGAAAUUAUACCUGUAUAGUAGAGAAUAUUCAUGGAUCCAUCAAUCACACAUACCACCUUGAUGUCGUCGAACGAUCGCCUCACAGGCCUAUCCUACAAGCUGGCCUACCAGCAAACACUUCUGCAAUUGUUGGGGGUGAUGCAGAGUUUGUCUGCAAAGUCUACAGUGAUGCUCAGCCGCACAUCCAGUGGAUAAAACACACAGAAAAGAAUGGAAGUAAAUAUGGGCCAGAUGGCUUGCCAUAUCUGAAAGUUUUAAAGCAUUCGGGGAUAAAUAGUUCCAAUGCUGAAGUGCUGAAACUGUACAAUGUGACAGAGGCGGAUGCUGGAGAAUAUAUUUGUAAGGUCUCCAAUUAUAUAGGGGAGGCCAACCAGUCUGCCUGGCUUACUGUUCUGCAAGAUAAAGCACCUAUAGAAGACAAACCAUAUCCGACAUCCCCAGACUACCUGGAGAUAGCCAUAUACUGCGUAGGGGUCUUCCUAAUUGUCUGCAUGGUGGUGACAGUCAUCCUAUGCCACAUGAGAUCCACCACCAAGAAGCCGGACUUCAGUAGCCAACCUGCCGUGCACAAGUUGACUAAGCGCAUACCUCUGCGCAGACAGGUAACAGUGUCUGCGGACUCUAGCUCCUCCAUGAACUCCAACACACCUUUGGUGAGAAUAACUACCCGUCUCUCCUCCAAUGCUGAUGCUCCAAUGUUGGCAGGAGUCUCAGAAUAUGAACUACCAGAAGAUCCAAAAUGGGAGUUCCCAAGAGAUAAGUUGACGCUAGGGAAGCCCCUUGGGGAAGGAUGCUUUGGUCAAGUUGUCAUGGCAGAAGCAGUGGGAAUUGACAAAGACAGGCCAAAAGAAGCCGUUACUGUUGCAGUGAAAAUGUUGAAAGAUGAUGCUACAGAAAAAGAUCUCUCGGACCUGGUGUCAGAGAUGGAGAUGAUGAAAAUGAUUGGGAAGCACAAAAAUAUCAUCAAUCUUCUUGGGGCUUGCACUCAGGAUGGGCCACUAUAUGUGCUUGUUGAAUAUGCUUCGAAAGGGAAUUUGCGAGAGUACCUGCGAGCACGGCGGCCACCAGGAAUGGAAUAUUCAUUUGAUAUUAACCGGGUGCCAGAGGAACAGAUGACAUUCAAAGAUUUAGUCUCAUGUACAUACCAGUUGGCAAGAGGCAUGGAAUAUUUAGCAUCACAAAAAUGCAUCCAUCGAGAUUUAGCAGCGAGGAAUGUUUUGGUAACUGAAAAUAACGUCAUGAAAAUAGCUGACUUUGGGUUGGCCAGAGACAUCAACAAUAUAGAUUAUUAUAAGAAGACUACUAAUGGUCGGCUGCCUGUAAAGUGGAUGGCACCAGAAGCUCUAUUUGACAGAGUUUAUACACAUCAAAGUGAUGUAUGGUCAUUUGGUGUGUUAAUGUGGGAGAUCUUCACUUUAGGAGGAUCACCGUAUCCGGGAAUUCCAGUGGAAGAGCUCUUUAAGCUGCUUAAAGAAGGCCACAGAAUGGACAAACCUGCUAACUGCACCAAUGAACUCUACAUGAUGAUGAGAGAUUGUUGGCAUGCAGUGCCUUCACAGAGACCUACUUUUAAGCAGCUUGUGGAGGACUUGGAUCGAAUCCUCACUCUCACAACUAACGAGGAAUAUCUAGACCUCAGUGGACCACUGGAGCAGUAUUCACCAAGCUAUCAAGACACAAGGAGCUCCUGUUCUUCGGGUGAUGACUCUGUCUUUUCUCCUGAUCCAAUGCCUUAUGAACCUUGCCUCCCAAAGUACCAACACAUAAAUGGCAGUGUGAAAACAUGAAAAAAACCUAUUUUAUUCCACAAAGGAAUAAAACAAGAAUGUCUACCUACUAUGUGAAAAGGGAGCCUUUUGUCAGACACAACGGGAUUUUGUUUGUACAUAUGCAAUGUAAGGACCAAAACAAAAGCAAAAAUUGGCAAAAUGUGUUCUGAACAAAAUGUACUUUGGAAUGCCAAACAGUUUUCAGAAGAAGAAUUGUAUGGGCCACAUUUGGAUGCAAGUUGCCAGGUCAGUUCUUGGGCCCAGAAGCUUUCUACAUUCAGUGGUACAGUUGGACUUGAGGCAAACACUGGGUCGGCCUUCCUUGUUUAUUUUGUAAUAUUUGGAGAAAAUAUAUGUUGACACACACUUACAGAGCACAAAUGCAGUAUAUAGGUGCUGGAUGUAUGUAAAUAUAAUCAAAUAUGUAUAAAUAUAUAUUAUAUAUUUACAAUGAAUUAUUUUUUGUAUUGAUUUAAAAAUGGAUGUUUCAUUUCACCAAGCAAAUUAGCCUCCUUUUUUAAAAAAGAAACAGCUACUUGUAAUUGCUGUUCAUACAUAAAACUUUUCUUUUUAAAAAAUUCACCAUCUAAAGGUGAAAAAUACUUUGCUUUCAGGGAAAAUGGUAUCUCAUUAAUUUAUUAAUUAAUUGGUAAUGUACAAAACAAUUAAUCUUUUAUAGGGUUGUGUUAUUUUGUAAUUUAAAUGGCAUUUCUAUGCAGACAGCACAGAGAACUAGUAGAUAUAUUUCUCAAACUUUACUAGUUGUCAGAUUUUUUUUAAAGAGAGAAAUAUUUACGGUAUAUAACUAAUUUUGGGAAUUAAGAUUUUAAUUAAUUUAGGGCUGAUGUUAACAGUGACAUGCUGUACAUGUCUACCAGAAGUAAGUCCCUUUGAGUUCAGUGGGACUUACUUUGAGGUAAGUGGUUAUAGGAUUGCAGCCUAAAGUUAAAUGAGAGGUUAUUGCUCUAACAAACCAAAACUCCCAGAAUAUUUGUUCAAAAAAAUGUGUCCUUUAAUGAGAAAGUAUUUUCCUGUCUGUAUCACCGGUUGUAUAGCAGUUUUGGUUGUCACACCUUAAAUUCCUCAAGGGUAAAACAGUAAUAUAACAAUCCAGAAAGGAUUCUUCCUGGGCUAUUCCUGUUCAUCUUGAUUAACUUGCUCAGUUGGAUGAAAUUCUAAGACAACAGAAAAUAUUUCAUAGUCUCCUGAAAUAUGGAAAUAUUCUAAUUUGCCUAAAUUGUGCUAUAAUUUUUAAAUUCUCUAAACACCAAUUAUUAGUUUUCUGUACAUGCAUCAGAUUAGCAACUGUGUUUGCUAAACUUCCAAUAAUGCUUUUUUGAUCUUUUGGUCAAAUACUAGCUUUCGAGACCCUUCUUGUAUGGCUACACUAUUAAUGAGAGAACCAAGGUUAUCAUAGCAGCAAUAUAAAAAUUCAUGUUGGAACCUGGCCAUCUUUCUGAGGGGUUAUUUAAUUCUUGCUCCAUUACAGCUUUCUAAACCAUCCCACUAUGCCAGGCAUAAACACCGGUGUCUGGCCAAAAAUAUUACUGCACUUCUAUAACUUGCCUUUCAGCAUUGAAAGCAUUUUUUCACAUUCAAAGCACCUUUCAUGCUGGUGUAGCCAUGCAACAUGAAUGCAAUUCAUACUAACUUUACAUAUUUUCACAAAAAGGGGGGAGGGGAUAAAAAGUAUUAAAAUCUGUUAAUUUUUGUACUGACAAUAAAAUCUUUCUACAGAUAUUAAUGUUAACAUUACAAAAUAAAUGUCAUGCAUCUUAUUUUUUUAAA